AUGGCUGUUGAUCACCUCAUUGACUCAUAUGUUCCUUACACAGUGAAGCCAGUAAUUUCACAUAUUUAUGCUGGACCAUUCCUGUUUUUGUACAUAUGUUGGGCCUACUUGUGGUUUUUUAUUUAUGGUUUAAAUGAAUAUUGGGAGUUAGGGUGUAUCGUCAUGGCUGCUAUUGGUAUUUUACAGGUUUUGACGGUCUUGUUUUGCAACUGGUUUGUCAGUAUUCAUUGCCUGCUCACUUGUUCAUUUGAACCCGAUAUACAAAGGGCUUCAGUUGUAAAAGUUGUUCCAACUCCAAAUAAUGGAUGGUCAGAAGUGGUACCUUUGCGAAGGACGAAACUAGUAACUGGGAAAAUGAAGUUAUGGUUCGAGUUUCAAAAGAUUCAUUAUACUUUCGUUCUGGAAAAGAAAACCUUUGUUGCUUUGGAACUUGAUACAAAUCAGCCAAUGUCGUAUUUUCAAGAGUCGCGUGGGCUUGAAACUGAUGAAGCUAUCAUGGAAAGAAGACAGGAUUUGGGAGACAAUAAAAUGGAAAUGGUUAUUCCUCAGUUCAUGGAACUCUUCAAAGAGCGAGCUACGGCACCGUUUUUUGUAUUUCAGGUUUUUUGUGUUGGUUUAUGGUGUUUGGAGGAUAUGUGGUACUACUCGUUAUUCACAUUAAUGAUGCUUGUGACAUUUGAAGCAACGCUUGUUAAGCAGCAACUCAAAAAUAUGUCAGAAAUUCGUAAUAUGGGCAAUAAACCCUACCUUAUAUAUGCUUAUAGACAUAAACGUUGGAAUCGUAUCAAAAGUGACGAAUUAAUUUCGGGAGAUAUCGUUUCUAUAAACCGUUCACCAGAUGAGAAGGCUAUUCCGUGUGAUUUACUAUUGUUAAGAGGUCGUUGCAUUGUGGAUGAAUCUAUGCUUACAGGAGAAAGUGUUCCUCAAAUGAAGGAACCAAUCGAAGAUGUUGAAAAAUCGCAGUAUUUUGAUUUCGACGUAGAUAGUCGUUUACAUGUCAUUUUUGGUGGUACUAAAGUUGUUCAGCAUACUUCUCCAGCAAAAAACGAAGCCGGUAUUAAAGCUCCUGAUGGUGGGUGCAUUUGUUAUGUAUUACGAACUGGAUUCAAUACGAGUCAGGGAAGAUUAUUGCGUACUAUUAUGUUUGGCGUAAAGCGUGUUACCGCCAAUAAUUUUGAAACAUUCGCAUUUAUAUUAUUCUUGCUAGUAUUUGCUAUCGCUGCUGCUUCUUACUUGUGGAUCAAGGGAAGAGAGGAUGAGUCGCGCAGUAAAUACAAGUUAUUUUUGGAGUGUUCACUUAUUUUGACUAGUGUUAUCCCUCCUGAAUUACCUAUAGAGUUAUCACUUGCUGUAAAUAAUUCGUUGAUGGCACUACAAAAACUUGGUGUCUUUUGCACGGAACCAUUCCGUAUCCCGUUUGCUGGAAAAGUUGAUAUUUGCUGCUUUGAUAAAACUGGAACAUUAACUACUAGUAAUUUAGUUGUUGAAGGAGUGGCUUCUACAGAAAAUGGAUGCUCAGGUGAUGAGUGCCACAUUUAUCGUUUAUCGUCUGAAGCUCCCAGAGAAUCAAUACAAGUGUUAGCAACGUGUCAUAGCUUGGUUCGAUUUGAUGAGGAUUUAGUGGGUGAUCCAUUAGAAAAAGCAUGUCUAAAUUGGGCAGAAUGGAGUCUGACAAAAAAUGAUUCAGUAAUUCCGAAAAAAUCGAAGAUGCAACCGUUGAAAAUCUUACAUCGGUACCAUUUCUCUUCAUCUCUUAAAAGAAUGACAGUGGUUGCUAGUUAUAUUGCGACAGGAACAAAUGAAACAAAGCAUAUCGUAACUGUCAAAGGCGCUCCAGAAAUGCUGGAGAAUAUGGCAAGUUAUGAAACAGUGCCUGAAAACUAUAUCCAGACAUAUCGCCAUUUAGCUCGACAGGGUGCUCGUGUUCUUGCUUUGGGAACUCGAGAAAUUGGAUCUCUAACUCACCAAGAGAUUCGUGAUCGAAAGCGUGAAGAUUUUGAAAGAAACUUGGUAUUUGCUGGUUUUGUUGUAAUAUCGUGCCCCUUAAAACCAGACACCAAAGCAGUGGUGAAAGAAAUUAUGGAGUCAUCCCACAAAGUUGUGAUGAUCACUGGUGAUAAUCCUUUAACUGCUUGUCAUGUUGCUAGAGUUCUUCAUUUCACCAAGAGCUCAAAAUCUGUACUUAUUUUAGAUGAACCACAAGAUCAUGAAAAAUGGACUUGGAAAUCGGUAAAUGAUGACAGUGAAUUUAGUUUUUUGCCAUCUUUAAGUACUGAAGUAUUAUCUUUUAUCAAUGAACACGAAUUCUGUAUUACUGGCCAGGCUUUUAUGCAUCUACUUAAAAAUCAUUUCAAAUUUCUACGAUGUAUCAUCUCGCAUAUUAAAGUAUUUGCAAGAAUGGCUCCCAAGCAAAAAGAACGAGUUAUAACUGAGCUUAAAAGCCUUGGAUAUGUUACGCUUAUGUGUGGAGAUGGUACAAACGAUGUUGGAGCACUAAAGCAUGCCGAUGUUGGCAUUGCAUUACUCUGUCAUCCAUAUGAUGCUUUAAAAAUUGAGAAGAAGAGAAAAGAAGGAAUUGGUUCUCAUGUGCCUUCAGACAACGUUUAUCAAGCUUUUCAUUCUAAUUCAAUGGUGAAUUCGAACAUUUCAUCAAGCCUUCUCAGGAAAUCUACCGGACAGUACUCUGGUCGAAGAGUAGAUGCACCUUCCGGUGCAAGACAAAUCAAGCAUAGUCCUAAACCAAAUAUUGCUGUGAAGCGGCUUGAGCGGAUGAUGAAGGAUUUGGAAGAAGAAGAAAAAGUCCAAGUUGUACGACUUGGUGAUGCAUCAAUUGCAGCACCGUUUACAUCGAAAUAUACAUCUAUACAAUCAAUAUGUCACGUUAUCAAACAAGGACGCUGCACUUUAGUCACAACAUUGCAAAUGUUUAAAAUACUUGCUCUGAAUGCUCUGGUGCUAGCCUAUAGCCAGAGUGUGCUUUACCUCGAUGGGAUAAAAUUUUCAGAUACGCAAGCCACAGUGCAAGGCCUUCUUCUUGCUGCAUGCUUCCUAUUUAUUUCGAGGUCAAGACCACUAAAAACACUUGCUAAGCAGAGACCCAUACCUAACAUAUUCAAUGCCUACACGCUGUUGACGGUUUCGUUUCAAUUUAUGAUACAUUUUGGAUGUCUAAUAUAUGUGGUGCGUCAGGCUCAAAUAACUGAACCUCAUGAAAAAAUCGAUUUGGAAGCGCAGUUCAAGCCAAAUUUGCUCAAUACAGCAGUUUAUCUGAUGGCAAUGGCGUUGCAAGUGGCUACAUUUGCUGUAAAUUACAGAGGUCGUCCUUUCAUGGAAAGUCUUCUGGAAAACAGAUCUAUGCUUUAUAGUUUAUUGGUUUCCGGGUCUGCUGUAUUUGUACUGGCUUCUGGUAUCUUUCCAGAAUUAACUGAAAAGUUCGAACUGGUCGAAUUGCCAUUUGAAUAUCGACGAGCAUUAUUAAGCUGCAUAGCAGCAGAUUUGUUAGCUUGUUUUACAAUUGAUCGGGUGCUGUGUUUCCUGUUUGGUGACAUGAGAUCUGCGUAA